CACACACACACACACACACACACACACACCGGUUUCACUUUUACGCGAUUUUAUAGAGUCCAUUGUGUUUUUUACGAUGAUUAAAAACGGACAUCACGCAGCUCCGGAGGCCGAAAGAGCCGAAGCGUCAAACCGCGGGGCGGAGAAAAGGAAGCGGUUAGUGCGCGUGUGGUGUGACGGCUGCUAUGACAUGGUGCAUUAUGGUCACUCAAACCAGUUGCGGCAGGCGAAGGCGAUGGGUGAUUACCUCGUGGUUGGAGUUCACACAGACGAAGAGAUAGCGAAGCACAAAGGUCCACCUGUGUUCACUCAGGAGGAGCGCUAUAAGAUGGUGCGAGCCAUAAAGUGGGUGGACGAGAUCGCAGAGGGAGCACCGUACGUCACCACGCUGGAGACCCUCGACAAGUACAACUGUGAUUUCUGUGUGCACGGAGAUGAUAUCACGUUAACGGCGGAUGGAAAGGACACGUACGAGGAGGUGAAACAUGCAGAUCGGUACAGGGAAUGCAAACGCACCCAGGGCGUGUCCACAACUGACCUUGUGGGACGCAUGCUGUUGAUGACUAAAACUCAUCAUACCAACAUGGAUAACUCCGAUUACAAGCAGCAUGCAGAUAACUUUGGAAAGGGUCCUAAAGGCCACAGUCCCUGGACCGGCGUGUCUCAGUUCCUCCAGACGUCUCAGAAGAUCAUCCAGUUUGCGUCUGGUAAAGAGCCGCAGCCAGGAGACACCAUCAUUUACGUAGCUGGAGCGUUCGACCUCUUCCACAUCGGCCACCUGGACUUCUUAGAGACGGUAUUCAAACAAGCUGAGAGACCCUACAUCAUCGUUGGGCUGCACUUUGACCAGGAAGUGAACCGCUACAAAGGGAAGAACUACCCAAUCAUGAACAUCCAUGAGAGAACUCUGAGUGUGUUGGCUUGUCGGUACGUGUCAGAAGUGGUGAUUGGGGCACCGUACACCGUAGGUAAAGACCUCCUGGACCACUUUAAGGUCGACAUGGUGUGUCACGGAAAAACGGAGGUUUUCCCAGAUAAGGAUGGAUCUGACCCCUACGCUGAGCCAAAAAAGCGAGGAAUAUUCAGGACCCUGGACAGCAAGAAUGACCUCACCACUGAUGACAUCGUGCAGAGGAUCAUCGCUAACAGGCUGGAGUUUGAGGAGAGAAACCAGAAGAAGGAGGUGAAGGAGAUGGCUGUGAUUGAGGCUCUGAAGCACAAUGCUGAUGGAGAGAAAAACAAAGCAGCUGCUCAGUAACUGACACAAAAAAAAAAAAAUCAACCAAAGGGCUUGAAAAUUUUCUUCUUUAACUUUUCCUGCUAGCUUUCCUCUGUCGUCUUCUCUCCGUCCGUGUGAGUGCGUUUAACGUGUCUCGGCAUCAGCGUGUCCGUUAGGGGCGGAGCUCUGAUAGGUAGAUAAAGUGCAAAGCUUUGUAACUGAUGACGUUCACACUAGUGAGCGUUGGCCAGUGGGCGUGGCCUGUCCAGUGUUCAGAUAACAGCAGUAGCUAUGAACAGCUUCUAAAGCUAGCAGGUUAAACAUAAGUGAAUCUCAUGCACUAAUCAGGCGAGCUCACUGUUCUGGAUACGUGCUCUCUGUCAACAUUCUCUGCUACUUCAUCUCUCUGAACACGUUUAAUAAGCGUUCUGAUUGGACAGGUUGAGAGGGUGGGGUUUUCUGCAUCAAAAUGGGAACUAAUGUUGAUUUGCCAGCGAGGAGCUGAAGGAACGAGGAAUUUUAUCAUUCUCAUUACAGCGCCACACUUAUUUGCAUAUUAAUGAAUAAAAUUAACCGUCGGCCUGCUAGCGUGAACGUAACGCCGUACAAAGCACCCCACUUACCCAAUGUGUCUUAGCCGUCAGCCAGAAGGUUUUUUUUUUUUUUUAAAUUGAUUUUCUUUGUGCUCUCUUGACGGCGUCGGCACAUCGGGUUUGUUUUUGUGAAAUGUUCUUGUACUGUUUCUCCACACCUGAUAGCGUGUGACCCUCUGACCUCGAGUCUGUACCAUGUUAAAAUAUAACAGAGUAACACAGUGUGUUCAAGUGGGACGUCAGAAAUUUCUGACCUCGAGUCAGGAGGGAAAAGUUACCUGGACGCCACUCAGGCUCUCAGUUCCUCAGAUGGGAAAUUGAGAUUUUUAUCUUGUAGAUUUUUAAAAAAAAUAAAUAAUUAAAAAAUCUCCGUACUGUAAAGCUGCAGGUUUAAAGUUUUAGCAUCCAGGAACUAAUUUACCUUCAGAAUCCACACUAUAAUAAUAAUAAUGAUAAUAAUAAUGAUGAUAAUGUGAUACUAAAAACAUUUUAGGAAAUCGUAAUAAAAAAGUCUUGAGGUGAGCCGUAUUUAAACUGUAGGAAAAAAACUUUUCUAACUGUUUUAAGUAAAGUUUUUACAUUUAACUAAAUACAUGAUGAUUCUUGUGGAAUUUCAAAAUAAAUUAAAUUUUUAAAAAUAGUGAAAUGUGAUUAUUUUUUUUUUUUCCAUUUUAAAUGAUGCUUAUAAUUUGUAAAAACUAUUUUAACAGCAACAAACAACCCCACGGAAGCGAAAGCCUUUACACCGAGACGUGUGCCGCGUCUCCCAACAUUAAACAGCUGUAGUUUAGACAAAGCGAGUUCCCUUACAGUAGUGUUUCACACGAAGAGAACCGUUUUUAUCCUCCACACUUCUUCUAAUAAAUAAUAUCAGAUUAAAUAACACAACAAUGAUGCUGCUUCUGGAUUGAAACGUGUUGUGAGGUGACGCUCCCUGGUGAACGAUCUCUCAUGAAUGUUCUCAUGAAGCUCAUGAAUGUUCAGCUCAUCAAUUUGCCAUAUUUAUUAUAAUCUGAAUGUAUCAGGUUGUGUGUGUGUGUGUGUGUGUGUGUGUGUGUGUGUGUGGUUUGUAUCAGCAAGAUUUUUCCAGAAGCGACGUUUCUCGAAAGGAAAAUGUGUGAACACACGUCGUGAACACGCGUCGU